AUGAUUGCUCGAGUGGCUACAAAAACUACUAAUUUCUUUCACGAUGAACAUCGAGAUGAGGAAAAUUCUCACCAUAAACGUUCAAUCAACUCAAUCUCACCUGGUACUCCAAUAAAAACUACCAUAACAACUAAUCCAAUUGAUCAUAACAUAUUGAUCAACACAUGCCAGUCAUUAAAAAAGAUGAAAAUCGAUCUCAAUAGAUGUACAGCUGAAGAAAACAAUCGAGAAAAACUUAAUCAACUUGGUGAAAUUGUUGGCGGUAAUAUGCACGUGUUUGACUACAGUGAGCUAUAUCAUGCAUCAUUCUUGUCGCUUAGUUCAUCAUCAGUACGCUUUUUAUUCUAUAAAGAACUUGAUAAAAAUCAGCUCGUAUCUACUGUCAUUCUUUUUUUCUUUUAA